AACCAGUUAGCAAACGGUUCGCCAAGUGUGUGGUAGACAGGAUUCCCUUAGGCAAGCCGGAACGUGGAUCUUCCAAACAUCGAAUUCUUCCAGUAUCAAGGUUCCCAUCGGUACCCAGCCUAAUUCACGAUGUCAUCAUCCAACGGUGUCGGUAGCAGUACCACCUUCGUCCUUCGCACGUUGCUACUGCUUUGGACGGUGACGGUAGUAACGGCCAACAAGCGAUACUGUGGUGCCGAGCUGGUCAAAGUGCUGUCGUUCCUGUGCUCCGAAUUUCCCGAUCUGUAUACGUACAACAAGAAGGGUCUUGACACCAGCAAAGGAGACGUGGCCAGCGAUGAGUGGAUGAACUUUGAUGAAAACGCCCAACAGCAGUUGAUGCAGGAUCAGCAGUUGCAAGCCGUCGGUAUGGCCGCGGACGAUCAGCACUCGGUACCGGCCUGGAUGAACAUGAUGUAUCCUUCGAACUACAUGUAUCGCCACGGGUACGGCCACAACGAGCUGAUACCGGCACGGUUCCGCAAGAACCGUGGCGGCAUCGUAGAAGAGUGCUGUUUGCGACCGUGCGGAAUGACUCAACUGCUACAGUACUGUAAGACGCCCAACCAGUAAACGCGGCGGUUGGGAAGCGUCCGGAAGAGGGCCGACAGUUGGUCGGUCGAGAAAGUGCUAGGAGCUUAGUAGUAUCUAAUCCAUUAUCGCAACCCCCACGGUGCACGAGCUUUAGUUAAUGUAGAGAAAUAUCUGUAUCUGCCUGUAGGCUGAGUGUUUACCAGGAAAUGGAACAUGAUCGGAUCGGAAAGCCGGUGGAAGCGAAGCCAGUCAGUGCCAGGGAAGUGCGUUCCAGGUCGUCACUCUCAUUUGUAAUUCGUACAAAACUGUAUCCAGCGUACAAAUCAUUCCAACAUACUCCAGUUCGUUGAAACGAAAUCUAUAGAUGUUUUAGAGCGGUGGCGCGGUAGGCAGUUAACUCGCUUUCAUGUCUUCAUGUGAACCCUCGCUGAAGGGCGCAAGCUUAACGAUUUUAUAGCCGCCACUGAUCGAUGAAACUCAUGAAAUAA